UACUUUGAAAUAUUUCAUGUUUACAGAAAAGUAAGAAUAGUAUGAAGAACUCUUCUAUCCAAUUUCCUAUUUGUUAACAUUUUACUAUAUAUUUGCCUUUUCACGGUCAUUGUGUCUAUGUGUACAUACUGUUGCUCAUAUUUUUGUAUUUUAAUGAAACCCAAAUCAUAAAAUUAUUAUUGUUAUUUUUUUUCCAAUUUACUAGGUAUUGCACAACUGAGCAGUAUUCCCAGACCUUUUUAUUUUAACGGGUCUUACUAACUUGUUAAGGUUGGCCUCAAAUUUAAAUCAUACUGCCUCAGCCUCCCCAGACACUGGGAUUACAAGACCAUGCCAUCACAGCCAGCUCAUAAGACUCUAAUGAGCUUUAGAUUUAUGUCUUCGAGAUUCUGAUGGAGACUUCUCAGCUCGAAGUUUGUUAAUUUCCCCCAUUUGUACUUGUUGCAUUAAGGUAUAUCAUGCUUUUCAAGUAUGUGAAAGGUCAUGAAUUGUGAGGGAACAUUUUGAUAAUCCUCAGAGUUUGCUGUCCUUAGAAGGAAAGAAUUUGUCAAAGUCAGAAAGUCUUCAUUUCAGCGCACACUCAAUCCUAAUCUUUCUGGAUUAGUGAGACUGUAAUUUGAUGUUAUGGGGAUUGUCUCAGCUACUCAAAGGCAGUCUGCAGUUGUAUUAGACCAGGUCCUUUGGGGUUGGCUGUUGGCUGUGGUGGACACCUCAGCCUGAGGCCUGUUGAGGGGACACUGCAGAGGUUUGGAGUACUGGAGGACCUCUGUAUUUUGUUUCUUGUGGUGGCUUGUCAUGCUUUCACAGCACAUCAUAUGGAUAGUUUUGGGAAUGACAUCUAGUUUCAACAGUGGACUUAUUGAACAUACACUGGGGUUCUGGUGAUGUAUCUCAGUGGUGGAGUACUUGCCUAGUACAUGCCAGGCCCUGGGUUCAAUCCUAAAACUUCCAUAUGUUGGGGGUGUGGUUUGUUUUGUUUCUGUCCAUGAAAUCCAAGCUCUCUUCCUCCUCCAGCUGGUGUCAGUACCCCACUUUGAGCACAAAGUCAGUCAAGCAAACACUGCCACCUUACAAAGGGCUUUGUUGGUAUAAGGGACUCUGGACUUGACUUACAUAACCUCUCAUGGAGCAUUUCCAAAGCCAUAAAAGGAAGCUGGAAAUGGUCACCUCUCCUUCAUAAUGUUAACAUUGAGCUCAUGAACAAGGCUGGGGCUUGUGUCCUCAAAGAAAGCAUGAGGAAACAAUCACGACAGAGGCGUUCAGGGAGUUGAUACAGCCCUCACCAUGGCCUUAGGACAUGAGUAUCACACCUUCUAGCUGGUAGGUUAAGUCACCUUCAGGUUCAUAUCCCACACCCACAGUGUCACCCUGUGAAUGGGGCUCCUCUUCUUCCCCCAUUCAUGGGCAUGGCAGCUUCAAGUGUUUUGUUGUUGUUGUUCUGUUUUUUUAAUUUUUUUAAAGUUGUUGAUAGACCUUUAUUUUAUUUAUUUAUUUUUAUGUGGUGCUAAGGCUCAAAUCCAGUGCCUCACAUAUGCUAGGCAAGUGCUGUACCACUGAGCCACAUCCCCAGCCCCUGAAUAUAUUCUUUUAUAUUCUUCAAGUGUUUUAUUCAGUACAAAUUAGAAUGUAGGGACUGGGGGACUUUUUUUUUUUUUUUUAGUUUAAAAGUUUUAACUUAAAUAAAAUUUACCAUGAGAAAUUUCACAGAUACUCAAAAGAGAAAAAUAUAGCCAACCUGCAUAUUCUCACCACACAGGUGCAGCAAUUUAUUCUGAUUUUGCCACUUUUUUUUUACUCUAUGUAUAUAUGUAUGUAUGUAUGUAUGUCUAAAAUAUUUAAAAGAAAUUCCAGAUACCACAUCAUUUCACCCUUAGCAUACUGCAGGAUGCCUAAAAAGUAAACACUGAUAUCUAAAAAGUAAACAUUUGAUAAACACAGUGCUACCACCCCACCUAGCAAAAUCCAUCCAGGAACCAAAAUUUUGACAUGUCAUUUUUUCAUAGCUCCCACAACUGGAUAACCUUACAACACAAAAAUCGCCAAGGUCCUGCCUGUGCUGGUUCAACUGAUGGCCUCAGAGAGAAGGAUCUUGCUCUUGACUUUGAAGAAAAUUAUCUGGACUAGGGGGUGGGGUGAGCAGCUUGCACUUGUGGGUCCACAGACUGUGAUCUCAAGUAUUGAGCUGUGCUCUUUGCUUCCUGGGCAUUUCAUACUAUCAUCAAUGAUUGAUAAACAUAACUUACAGGAAUUUUUUUAAACAAUAUUUUAAUUGGAAAAAGCAUCUGUCAGCUGUCAGGCUUCCAGUUUCCACUUCUGAGAAGCAGGAUGUUGAAUGUGAGUAAUGACACAACAGGCCUAUAAAAUGCGGACUAACCCUCGGAUGACUCAUCCAGUACAAUGCAGUAUAUUUGUCAAGGAGACUGAAUCAUAUAUGGGGGAAACCGCUUCUCAGGCAGCCAGCUGGUUCUCAGGUCAGCGAGAGACGGUCCAUUUUUAUCGGAAGCUUUAUAGUAGCAAUAAUGCUGAGACCCAAUACUUGGGCUCUACAAUGUAGAGGAAAUGGCAUCGCCUGGCAGUGACAGCUAUAUUGUGCGUGUCAAGGCUGUGGUUAUGACCAGAGAUGACUCCAGCGGGGGAUGGUUCCCACAGGAAGGAGGCGGGAUCAGUCGCGUCGGGGUCUGUAAGGUCAUGCACCCCGAAGGCAAUGGACGAAGCGGCUUUCUCAUCCAUGGUGAACGACAGAAAGACAAACUGGUGGUGCUGGAAUGCUAUGUAAGAAAGGACUUGGUCUACACCAAAGCCAAUCCAACGUUUCAUCAUUGGAAGGUCGAUAAUAGGAAGUUUGGACUUACCUUCCAAAGCCCUGCUGACGCUCGAGCCUUUGACAGGGGAGUGAGGAAAGCAAUUGAAGACCUCAUAGAAGGCUCGACAACAUCAUCUUCCACUAUUCAUAAUGAGGCCGAGCUUGGUGAUGAUGACGUUUUCACAACAGCUACAGACAGUUCUUCUAAUUCUUCUCAGAAGAGGGAACAGCCUACUCGGACAAUCUCCUCUCCCACAUCCUGUGAGCACCGGAGGAUUUAUACUCUCGACCCAUACCCCACGGACCAUUACCACCUCGACCAGCGGAUGCCAAGGCCCUACCCGCAGGUGAGCUUCCCAGACGACGAUGAGGAGAUUGUGCGCAUCAACCCGCGGGAGAAGAUCUGGAUGACCGGGUACGAGGACUACCGGCACGCGCCGGUCAGGGGCAAAUACCUGGACACCCUGGAGGACGCAGACUCCUACGUGCGCUUCGCCGCCAAGGGCGAGGUCCCCAAGCACGACUACAACUACCCCUACGUGGACUCAUCAGACUUUGGCCUCGGGGAGGACCCCAAAGGCCGCGGGGGCAGCGUGAUCAAGACGCAGCCCUUGCGGGGCAAGUCCCGGCGGCGAAAGGAGGACGGCGAGCGCUCCCGGUGCGUGUACUGCAGGGACAUGUUCAACCACGAGGAGAACCGAAGGGGCCACUGUCAGGACGCGCCCGACUCCGUGAGAACUUGCAUCCGCCGGGUGAGCUGUAUGUGGUGUGCGGACAGCAUGCUCUAUCACUGUAUGUCGGACCCCGAGGGAGACUAUACAGACCCCUGCUCGUGCGAUACUAGCGACGAGAAGUUUUGCCUCCGGUGGAUGGCUCUUAUUGCCUUGUCUUUCUUGGCCCCCUGUAUGUGCUGUUACCUGCCCCUUCGGGCCUGCUACCACUGCGGAGUGAUGUGCAGGUGCUGCGGCGGGAAGCACAAAGCAGCCGCGUGACUCCGGUCCCCUCUCCUUCCCCUCCUCCAUCCACAACCACAUGGGAACUUCUGUAUCUUCCACACUCAUCCUCUCCCCUGCUCCCUUCCACUCCAAGGGGCAAGGAGAGCAAGAGGCCUCCCGGCCCCCUGGUCCCUUGAGGCACCAUUCCAGCCUGGGUCACCUGCGUGGUAGACUCUCCACUCCCCGGCACCCACUGCGACAGCCACACACCCAUUCACACGCUCGCCCAGUGUUCUAAGGGAAAGAAACCUCCUACAUAGACUUUUCGUGUUAUUACCAACCUGUAAUCAUGCUAACGUCUUAUCCAUGUUGAUUCCUGUCUCUCCUCCCGGCCUCUUCCAGUUUGAAUUUGUCUGCGGUGGAAACGGCUGGUUUGGGGUGGGUUUUGUAGUUCUUUUUACCAAGGGCACCGAAGCCUGUCUCUCAGUCUGGCUAGCCUGGUUGCUAGCAAGCGUCAGGUUCCUGUGGAAACGUGCUGUCAGUGCUGAAACCCGACCAGAAGUGUUCUCACCUGCAGUCAGCUGUCAUGUAUAGGAGGUGAGCUAGUUAACAAUCUUGUACCACAAAACAAUAUCGCUUUAACUUUUCUAAAGCCAAAUUUCCCAUGUAAGCUGCAGUUUCUCUCCUUAGCCCAUCGUCAUAUCUGCCCUCCCCCCACCAAAUCUGUUGAAUUUAUUCACUGAUGCAAAACAUUCACCUAUAAAAUGACUGAGAAUUGAGCCUUAAUUUCAGAUUAACUUGUGAGAAUCAGGAAAAAUUCCUUAAACUGCAUCACAGCCUCUUGGAUCAGGGCUAGAAAGGGGAUUUCAGGUCUCUAUGAACCUCCCCAGUUCACCCCUUAAGAUAGAACUUUUUAAAAUUGUGUUGCCACCACUUCUGAAAACUUAGCAAUAUUAGAAUAAGAUGUUAGUAAAGUAAGAGAUUUUGCUCAUUAUUUUGCAAACCUAAUAGUCUAUUCAAAACAAACCAGUGUUCUUCGAGGAACACUAAGGUUGUGAAUAAAACCAUAGGAGCUCCCCCCAGCCCCAGCAACUUUUUUCUAUCAAAGGGGGGCGAUUUUAAAUGUCAUAAUCGAAGAGUGGUGGGUUGCAUUUUUGUUUGUGGGUUUAUGUUUUUGUUUUCAUUUUGGACUCAAUUUCACAUCACCAAAUUCUUCAUUUAUACUUGGGAAAAAACAAGGCCAUAUGUAAAAACCCUUCUGAUGCCUAAGUGUCUUCUCCUGCAACUCCACACCCAGACUUGCCACUUUGGGUGCAUAGAUGGUUAGGUCAGCCGACUUGAGUCUGCCUGUCACCUUGCCGUGCAGGAGGCUUCUAAUUAGCUGGAAAAGAGUAUUUUUCUAAUAUAUUGCAAAGAAUAGCCAAAUCUUCUUAUUGAAGAAAGAAGAAAAGUGAACAGUGGUUACCUGUACCUAGCAUAGUACAAUCAGAACCUCGUGGAGAACACAGGGACCAGGCUUGUCGAUGCUGGCUGUUCUUCCCGCCACGAUCUUCCCAUGGUAAUUGCCAGCAGAGGGCACAGCCUGGUCCCACUCUCCUCCCUCUUCCCCUCCCUUCUUUAUUGCACACAGGACAACAGUCUUCAAGGAAAGGGACUUUCUUCCAGUCUGCCAUUCGUACUGGGAAAGUGCUAGCCAUGCUUACCUUCAUGGGAGUGCUAUCAGCUCGCCUGAGAGCCCGCCAUGCUUCUUUUAGACAGAUCAUCAGUGUAAAUACCCAGUGUGCUUAUGAGUUAGUUGGUAGACGUUUUCAUUUGUUGGAAUGACUAGUUGGCUUUCCAGUGUGGAAAAGGAGCAGAGAGCUGUCCGUCUGUAUCAAUGGAAGGAAAGAGAACCCCUUCCCUGCCAGGAGAGCAUCUAGCCAGCCUCCAAUGCUGUGGAGAGACCAUCUGCCCCAGCCUGAGGUGUCGCCUCGAGGCCUUUCUCUAAGGUCGCCUCUCUGCAAAGCACAACACUAAUCUACUUUCAUCAGACCUCAGUUCAAGUGCCCCUAUUUAUUUCAGUGAAAACACACACACAUCCCGGAUGCUUUGUUUGUCACCUCUAUUUGGUUCAUUACUUGUUCUCUCUUCCCUUACCCCUUGCUGGUUUUCCCCACUUUUCAAGAGUUAUGCUAGUGAAUCUUGCACGCAUAUCCUUUUUGGUUUGCAAAGGCAGCGGUUAAGGGCACAAAGACAGCCAUGGGGACAUUUAUGUAAAUACGUCUCUCCAAUUGCCACACUGCAGCUGAACAGUGUGCAGUAUUUUCCCAGUCAGCUUUGCCAUACUGACAUCAAUCAUUUGAGAGAAAAUAUUCAGAUUUUUAUUUUUGUAUCUGUGGUAACAAAAACAUUAACCAAAAGAUUUUCUGUUCAGAAGCUUCCCCAGCCCUCCCCCAAGCUAUUUGCUCACAUUAACAAAUUAAAGUGCCUGAAGCAUAAUUCAUUCUUUACCUGUAUACUAAAAAUUCUGUUGUAUUGAUUUUUUUUAUAAUAAGCCUUUUUACCUCUGUGUAAAAAAUAUAUAUACAAGUGUAUGAUGUACAUUUUAGUUCUUAACUUUUUUUUAUGGUUUCUAAUAUGUAUGACCAAUGUAGCCAUUGCUUUAAAAUGUACCAUGUAAAUAUAAACACAUUCUACCAGA